AGCUUCGGCUGAGAACUUUAAACCAUGUUAGUGAAGAGAGAACCAAUACAGCAAAGUGGUUGUAAUGGUUGUUGGCCGAUCCAAACGACAUCACAAACACCAAACUCACUUCGUUAACUCCGCCACCUCCAACGGACCUCUCAAAGCUUUCGUAGUCCUCAAACCUCUUUAUCUUCCCCACUCCAUUACUCUCCCUCAUUUUCAGUAAAAUCCUGCUCUCUCUCUCUCUCUCUCAAAAAUGCAAUCUUCAAUGUCUCUCUCUCUAUCUUCUCCUUCUACGAUCACCAGGUCUAAUAGCACCAAAGUCGACCUCUUCUCUACCAACAAUUCACCCACGCCGCGCGCAUUGCGGUUUUGUGGUCUUAGAAGAGAGGUGUUAGGGUUCAAAUCCUCGAGUACAUCGAAUUCGACCGCAUUUCUUGUAUCCUCGAAACGACAGCACGUGAAAAAUGUAUCAGCGUCGUUGUCGGGAAACGGGACUCCAUCGAAGGGCUUUGAUUAUGAUCUUGUCAUCAUUGGAGCCGGUGUUGGGGGCCACGGCGCUGCUCUUCAUGCUGUUGAGAAGGGUUUAAAAACUGCUAUCAUUGAGGGGGAUGUGAUUGGGGGAACAUGUGUAAAUAGAGGUUGUGUUCCUUCCAAAGCCCUUCUUGCUGUGAGUGGUCGAAUGCGGGAGCUUCAGAACGAACACCACAUGAAGGCUUUUGGAUUACAGGUCGCAGCUGCUGGGUAUGACAGACAGGGAGUUGCUGAUCAUGCAAAUAAUCUUGCCUCCAAAAUUCGAAUUAACUUGACCAAUUCAUUAAAAGCUAUUGGUGUUGAUAUAUUGACUGGAACUGGAAUGAUUUUGGGCCCACAAAAGGUGAAAUAUGGCAGUGACAAUAUAAUAACAACAAAAGACAUAAUCAUUGCUACUGGUUCUGUACCCUCUGUCCCCAAUGGAAUUGAAGUUGAUGGUAAAACUGUGAUAACUAGUGAUCACGCACUCAAAUUGGAAUUUGUUCCUGAGUGGAUUGCUAUUGUAGGAAGUGGUUACAUUGGUCUUGAAUUCAGCGAUGUGUAUACAGCACUUGGAAGUGAGGUUACAUUUGUCGAAGCUUUAGAUCAGCUCAUGCCUGGAUUUGAUCCUGAGAUUGGGAAAUUGGCUCAGCGGGUUCUUAUAAAUCCUCGAAAAAUAGAUUAUCAUACCGGUGUAUAUGCAAGCAAGAUCACUCCAGCAAAGGAUGGAAAACCAGUAACAAUUGAGCUUAUUGAUGCGAAGACAAAGGAACCAAAGGAUACUUUGGAGGUAGAUGCUGCCCUCAUUGCAACUGGAAGGGCUCCAUUUACGCAGGGACUUGGUUUGGAUAAAAUUAAUGUACAAACACAACGUGGAUUUGUUCCAGUUGAUGAACGCAUGCGAGUGAUUGACGCAAAUGGCGAGUUGGUUCCUCACUUAUAUUGCAUUGGUGAUGCAAAUGGGAAAAUGAUGCUUGCUCAUGCAGCAAGUGCACAAGGAAUCUCUGUUGUUGAGCAAGUUUGCGGGAAGGACCACGUGCUGAAUCAUUUGAGCAUUCCAGCAGCAUGUUUCACUCAUCCUGAAAUCAGUAUGGUUGGAUUAACAGAGCCUCAAGCGAGAGAAAAAGCUGAAAAGGAGGGAUUUGAAAUUAGUGUUGCUAAGACUAGUUUCAAGGCUAACACAAAGGCCCUCGCUGAAAAUGAAGGGGAGGGACUUGCUAAGUUGAUUUACAGACCCGACAGUGGAGAGAUCCUUGGUGUUCAUAUAUUCGGAUUGCAUGCUGCAGACCUCAUUCAUGAAGCGUCCAAUGCAAUAGCUAUGGGCUCUCGUAUACAGAGGUGGCCAGGCACACCUUUUGGUUUUGUAAUGUUCAAUCCAGAUGGGAGCUUGGAUGGAAAUCCAGGUAUCAAAGUUGGGGAGGAGCCUCAAGCGAGAGAAAAAGCUGAAAAGGAGGGAUUUGAAAUUAGUGUUGCUAAGACUAGUUUCAAGGCUAACACAAAGGCCCUCGCUGAAAAUGAAGGGGAGGGACUUGCUAAGUUGAUUUACAGACCCGACAGUGGAGAGAUCCUUGGUGUUCAUAUAUUCGGAUUGCAUGCUGCAGACCUCAUUCAUGAAGCGUCCAAUGCAAUAGCUAUGGGCUCUCGUAUACAGGACAUAAAAUUUGCUGUUCAUGCACAUCCAACCUUGUCAGAAGUUCUUGAUGAACUCUUCAAAUCAGCUAAGGUUAAAGUUAACAUUUCUAGUCCAGUUGGUGAACCUGUUGCAGUCUAAGCUUCUUGGAGUUGUAUAAUAUAUCGAAUAUAUGAUUACACAAGGUUUCUUAGAAGCUCCCUAUGUUCUUCAAAGAGGAAAUCGACACAGAAGAAUUAUACUAAUUGCUGUAGUUUCUGUCAUUUUUGGUUUAAUAUUUCGUCAAUUUGGUGUCAUACACCUUGAGGUGCCAUCUUUUACUUUCCCAGACUUGUAUACGUGCACGAGUUACGUUUUUGGUGAUAGAACUCAGUUUUGUAAUAUGUAGCAUCUAAAACAUUGGCUUAGUGGUAGAAAAAUGUUGAAUUCGAAAAUAAAUGAACAAUUUUACUUGGACAAAGAGGCAGUUUGUUGAGGUACAGAGAUUACCUUACUAUCAAGUUUGAUGCAAG